AUGUGCUAAUAAUGCCCUUAAAUUCUUUAGUAUUACAGUCUUAUUUAUGAUGAUUAGUAUGUAGCAAACGCAUUCUUAAAGAUUCCUCAAACGAACAUAAUGGUAAUAUCAACUGGUAGUUCACAUUAAAAUAAUAUGGGAUAAAGUUAACUAUAUUUCGUUGAUCUAAGUUCAGCUUCUGGAACAAUCAUUAAUCAAGUGAGGACUGAGUUUACUGUAAAUUAAAUGGAGUAUAUAGAAUAUUCAAGUUAAAUUCUUGUUUUAAGCUCUGGCAAAGUUAUUGUAGCAAACCCUAUUACAUUUUAAUCAAUACGAUAUCUUGAUAUAAAUAAUAUCGUAUCUAUUUUAGUAGUCCCUUAGACGAAAUAUGCCCUUCUUUUAAAUUAGUAUAAUAGAAUUUAUUUGUUUGAUACAUAAAAAGCUGAAAUAUAAAAAACUCUUGAUUACUAAUAUGAUUAUUAAACCAAAAACAGUUUAUAAUUUUAUUUUAAAAUGUAUGACUUUAAAUGUUCUAAAAACAAAAUAAUAAUUAUUUCUACUGUAAUUGGACUAACUGCUGCCAGUUUAGAUAUAAACACUCUAGAGUUAAAGUAUUUAGGCAUCAUUAAUCCUACAAAGUAAGAUUCCUCUAUUUAUACAAAUUAUAGACUAUUUGAUAAGCAUCCAAAUGAAGAUAUUAUCUUUGUGGCAGGCGUAAAAAUUUAAUUAAUAGGAUUAGAGAUUUUAGAUUUUGAAAGCGGAUAAUAUGUAGAAAAGUUUAACAUCAACCUAUAUAACGAGUAGCAAGAUUCUUAUUUUAGCUAUAUGUCAUAUACUUAAGUAAACAAUAAACCAGUAAUAAUUGCUUAAUCUGAUAAUUGGAUAUAUUUUGUUGAUAUUAUUAUAGAUGAUCAAUAUAAUAUGAAACCUAAUGUAUUCUGCCCAUAUAUUUCGUAUGAUACACCAUAUUCAUGGUAUAAAGUAGAGGGUACUACAUAAAUCUAUAUGGGAUAUCAAUGGAGUGUGUAAAUAUUAGACUAUUCAACCAGGACAUUUUCUUCUUAAUUAAUAAUAUAUACUGAUUUUCUUUCAAGAAGAUUUGCGUAUGAAGGAAUUGAUCAAACUUUUAUAUUAGUUCCAUAAAAUACUAAUCUUGUUUAUAAUAAAAUUGAAACUUUGCAAGAAAAAUUUUACUAAAAAAAUAAUAAAUUUUCUUACAGACUAUACUAGAAUAACAACAGCAUUUAUAGAGUAAGAGGAUGUGAAUUAUGCUUAUUUGCUAAGCUAAGAGACACUACUGAUUAUGUAACAACUAGUUUAAUCAUUCCUAUGGAUUUAACAGAUUAUCCUCAACCAAUUUAAAAUACUGGUAACCAUGAUAUUAAUUGGGAAGUUGUAGGAUUGACACUAGAUCCAUUUUACCAUGCAAAUUCUACAUGGAUGGUUUUAUCUUUUCCAGAUAAAUCUUUGUUGAAUUAGAAAAUUAAUGGUUUGUUUUAUCUGGUAAACGCUUAGAAUACUUCUUAGUUUUAUUUGCUUACUUCUCCUUUGUAAGAAGAUAAUUUUUAAAAUACUGGUUUUGCGUUGGCAACAAUCGAAGAUGAGAAUAAUCCAGAAAUAAUAGGUAUUGAUGAAUAGGGGAAAAUAUAUGCAUGGGAUUUAAAUUCUCCCAUUUAUUAGUUUAAAUAUAGUCUUUAGUUAGCUAAAUGUUUAAAAGUAUUCUUAGCAGAUAUAUUUUACUAUCAGUUAGUAAAAAAGCUAAUUGUUAUUUGUGGUGAUGGUUCUGUUUAUAGUUUCGAUCUUAAAACCUUACAUUAACAGUAUCUGAUGACUCUAGUUUCUAUUCCAAUUACUUUAAGAGCAUUUUCAAGAAUAUCUAUCAUAGCUGUCCCUGAUAAAGUAGUCAGCAUUACUUACCUUUUUAAGUAUAAUCCUCAGUCUAGCGAUUUUAGUUUAUUCAUGUCUUUAUAAUAAAGCUAAUAAAAAUCUGAUAUUUUACACAUAGAACUACUCAAAGACAAUACUUUAUGGAUAUAAUAUUUAUUUAGUUUUAUUUUUUAUCCUCUCUCAGAUUGUUUAAUAGAUCCAUCUAAUUGCACAAGUUGCUAAACUUUAUUCUAUUUUAAUGUAACAAAUUAAUAAGAACUAAAUACAUCAACUUAUGGAAAAGGAACUGAGCUUAUUCCUUUCACAACUUCAAAUAGCUUCAUCCAAGCUUUAUUAACAGCUUCUCAUUAUAAAGAUAUUGUUUCAAACUUGAUUAACAUUGAAAUUGAUAUAAUCUUAGACCCAUCAAAUACUAUAAUUUUAAAUGAAUAAUUUCUAGAUUUUUAAUUUUAAAAUAUGGUUACUUUGAAUAUUAAAAGUAAAUCAAGAUAGUUGGCACAAAUUUAAUAUGAUAAAUAAAUGAAAUUUACUAAUUACUUUUAAGUCAGCUUAUAAAAUAUACAAAUUAACUUCAUUAAUCAGUCUUGUGGGUUAUCAUUUUUAAAUAUAAUGAGUUAUGCUAAUAUUAUCAACCUUUAAUUAAUAUCUUCAAAUGAUAACUCAACAACUUGCUAAAAUAUUAUUACAGACAAUUCUUUUAUUUAAGUAUUUAACUAUACUCUUAAUGGAGAGAAUUUUAGGAACAACAAGUUUUUCAUUUCUACAAUAAAUAUAGAUAAAGUCAGUAUUUCUAAUUUAACUAUCAGUAACUCUAAAUUUGGGGAAUAGUUCAGUAUUUUAUCUCAGUAAACAAAUGUGCAAGCUUCUAUAUAAAAUUUAAUUUUGGAAAAUAACUAUUGUCUGAUUAAUUAAAAUAGCUAAAGUAAUGUACCUCUCUUUACAGCUGGUCAUUUUGAAGUCUCUAAUGUUUAAAUAUAAAAUAAUACUUUUUGUUAUAAUAAUAUUUUUUAAACAAUCACUUCAUUCAACCAUUCUAAUUAAACUUUUACAUUUAAAAAUAUUUAAAUGUCCAACAAUACAUUUUAUACCAAGACAAAUAAUAUCUUUUUUAAUUCGCUUUAUUCAAUAUUAUCUCAACCUAAUCACUAAUUAAUAGUUCAAGAUACCAUGUUUUACAAUAAUUCUCUUUAGAUUUAAUCAGCAUAAGACUUAGUUACAGCUUCAUUUUUCCAAACAAAUAAAAUUUAAAAUAUAAUAAUGAAUAGCAUAAAUUUAAUAAACCAUUAUAACAUCUCAGUUGGAAUAUUCGAAUACUCUUAGUUUGUUAAUAUUACAAAUUUUAACUGCUCAAAUUCAUAAAAUAUUAAUAAAAACCUAUUAAGCUAAGCUCAUUAAGGAUGCCUUUAAUUAAAUGAAGCUUUAAAUGUCUUCAUGAAAGACUUAGAUUUUAAUUAAAAAAUUGUAUAAGAUGCUUCUUUAAUUGAUAUAAAAAACGAUAAUUAUAAACAGUUAGUAUUCACUUUAUAUAUGGGAUUUUUUUAAAAUUUGUUUUUAAGCUAAAUAUAAUUGAAUUCCUAGGUGAAUCCAAUUCACAUAUAAAGUAGUUAUGAAGUAGAUAUAUAAAUAUCUAAUAUCACAUUUAAAAAUAAUUAACUUAGUAGUGUUGAAAACUCGCUAACAUAUUCUACGACUGGUAUAUGGAUUGAAAGUCUUGUAGGAAUAGUUAAUUUAUUAAAUAUGACUUUUGAAAAUAAUUUUAGUAAUUCAAGGUACAAUAAUAUUAGAGUUUAAAGUGAUCAACUUUCAAUAAUAAAUAGCACAUUUGCAAAAUCAUCGUUUAACUAUGGCAAAAGUAAUCAAAAUGAGCAGUAAUUUAACUAAUAUGGAGGUGUAAUUAAUGCUGCUAUAAACUAAUUGUAGGUGCUAAAUUCGAAUUUUAGUUAAUCUGUAGCUUAGAAGGGUUCUUUUUUUUACAUAUAGUCAUUUGGAUAAAAUUUGAUAAUGUAAUUUUCAAACAGCUAAUUUUCUGAGGGUUAUAGUUAUUUGGAUGGAGGAGCUAUUUCUGUAGAUUCAAAGGGAAAUUAAUUUAAUCUUUUAAUUUAAUAGUGUUAAUUUGAUAAUAUUUAUACAUUCAGUCCUUAAGCUUCCUCCAUUAGCAUAGAAUAUUAUAAUUAGAAGACAAAUUAAUCAACAAUCGAAAUUAUAGGAGGCGAAAUUACAAAUAUUAAAGGAAUUUAGGAUAACUUUUUUAUAAUAGGAUAAUAUUUAUCCAUAAAAAUUUAAAAUAUUUCUUAAAUUACAUAAUAAUACUUUGAAACGAUUUCACCCUAUUUUCAAAAAAUCUUAAAGAAUCCUGAAAGUCAAUAGUCAACAUUAUUGUCAAUUUUAAGCUCCUAAGUUACUAUAGAAAAUUCAAAUAUAUCAAAUUUAAAUAUAAAAAAUAAAAAUUCAAAAGCCCCUUUGCUCAUUUCAUCUUAAAAUUCAAAUAUUACUUUAAAAAAUACAUAAAUAUCUAAUUGUGAGUUUAAAGAAAACCUUAUUUAGCUAUCAUAAGGAUAAAUUACAAUAGAUAAUUCUACAUUUAAGGAAAUAAAUUUGACUAGUAGUCAAAGAAUAAUCUAAAAUAUUAUAAUAGAAAACCCACCAGAUAUAAGUUAAUCACUUAUCUCCUUAAUAAAUGCUAAGAUUUAAGUUUAAAAUAAUUCUCUAUUUUCUAAUAUAAAUUGUGCAAAUUGUAAUGGUGGGGUUUUUUACAUUUAAAACGGGUGUGUAAAUAUUAUAGAUUCUAUCUUUAGAUCAAUUUAAAGUAGUUUUGGAGGAGCUAUUUUUAUUAAUGGCUUAUAAGGAGAAAAUAUCCUCAUGAAAUCUCGAUUUGAAAAAGUUACUUCACUAUACGAUGGAGGUGUUAUAGCUAUAUUUUUAUAAAGUGCUAUAGUUUUUAAUUUCAAUAUUGAAUCUUCGAAAUUUAUAUCAAAUAAAUCAGUAAAUGGAAGAGGUGGUGUGAUAUUUAUUUCUUCUACAAUACUUAACCCAUAAGAUGAAAAUAUAAUAAUUUCAUAAUCUGAUUUUUAAUUUAACUAAGCACAAAUUGGAGGGGCUAUAUUCUAGUAAGGUAUUUCUCCUUUAUUGGUAACCAAUAGUUUUAAAAAUAAUCAUGGAUUUAUUUUUGGCGAUGAUUCAUUUUCAUAUGCCAACAAAUUAAAUUUAGCAAAUUUUUAAGAGCUUUUAAAAAAAUACAAUGGAACAUUUGAAAGUGGAAAUAUAGUUUUACAAAAUUUUAGAAGUGGUGGAACUCUAGAAGAUCUUUAGUUCAAGUUAAUGAAUGAUUAAAAUGAAGUAAUUUAUCCUCUAAUAGAUAAGGAAUAAGAAAUUUACAAUAUUUAAGUUAAAAUUGAUUAAUUGACAUAAAAUUAUAAUAGUUACUAAAUAAGUGGAGAUUAAAAUGUAUACUAUGAUUAAAAAUUAAGAGUUUUUCGUUUCAAUUAACUCAAACUAGUUGGCACUCCAGUAUCAUCAACUACUCUUCUAUUUUAUUCAAACUAAAUUUACAAUAUCGAUACAUCUACGAAUAAAUAUUAAUAAAACUAUAAUUUUAAAAUCAAAGUAUAUUUCAGAGAAUGUAUUUCAGGAGAAUAAAUUAAAUCAUAUAGCACUUUAAUUGAGUGUGAUAUUUGCUAGAGAGGGUAAUACUCAUUUCAUGUUAAACCAUGCUAAGAUUGUAUUACAGGUUCAAUUUGUUAAGGGGGAGAUAAUAUUGUAACAAUGUAAGGUUAUUGGAGAAAGUCCAUUGAUAGUAGUCUGAUCAUUUUAUGUGAAAACUAAUAAAAAAAUUGUGCUGGUGGUAGUUAUGGAAAUCAAGUUUGCUAUGAGGGACAUGUAGGAGCUCUAUGUGAAGAGUGUGAUCUGUAUGGAAGCUUUUGGGGAAAAUCAUAUUCAAUUUCGAGUAAAUAUUCUUGUGUUGAAUGUGAUAAAGUAAAAUAUAAUUUAUAUGGUUUGCUAAGUUUAACUAUUUGGACAUUGUUUUCGAUGACUGUAUCAAUUUAAUCAAAUAUUUAAAACAUAAAAUAUCAAACAGCAAAAAGUAUUUUACUAAGCGCAUUCUCUAAAGGAAUAAAAACGCAAAGUAACAAAUAUUCAACUUUAGAAACAAUAAAAAGUUAAAAUGAAAAUAAAACAUAGAAGAAAAGCCUCUUAAAUUUGAAAAGUAUAACAAGUUGUAAGAAAAACUAUAAAAGCCAGAUAUAAUAUUAAGAAUCUAAGUAGAGUGUUUUUAUUAAAAUUCUGACUAACUAUUUCUAAAUAGUUAGUUCAAUAACAACAUUUAACUUAGAAGUCCCAAAAGGGAUACAAGUAUUUUCUUUUUCUCUAGGAUAGCCUGUAAAGUAUACUUUGAGUACUUUAGAUUGCUUAUUAAUAUAAUUUGAAACAGAGAUACCUAUUAUAUAUAUGAACUUGAUUUUUUCUCAUAUUACUAUAAUUGCUUAUUUUAUGAUAUUUCUAAUUGGUAUAAUCUUUUAUUAGUUGAUUUAAAAGGAGAGAUAACCUUUUCCUACUUAUAAACUCUCAACAGCAGCUAUGUUUUUAAUAAUAUAUUUGCAACCUGAUUUAAUUUAGUAAAUUAUUUCCUUGAUGUCAUGUAGGACUAUAGGUGAUACAAACUAUAUCUUAUCAAAUGUUGCAUUUGAGUGCUACACAUAAUAGCAUAUUAAAUAUCUCCUGAUUAUUUUGCUACCAUUUUUUAUUCUGUGGAUAUUGGUUUUACCAAUUUUAUUAUUUACGAUAUUAAGAGUAAAUAAAUAAAAAUUAGAUGAUCCUUAAGUUAAGAUUAAAUAUGGAUUCUUGUAUCAUGAAUAUAAGCAAAAGGGCUAUUAUUGGGAGUUUGUAAAAAUGAUUUAGAAAAUAAUCAUAAUUGUAUUAUUAAACUUUUAUUCAUAGCAAAUUUACAUCAAAGGUCUCCUUGUAUAUAUAGUAAUUGCAGCUUAUGGGAUAAUUUCUUAAAAUGUAAAACCAUUUUAAGAAGAAGAAAUUAAUAAAAUAGAUUUAUUAUCUACUAUCAUAUGUGGAUUAACAAUAUUGCUUGGAUUAUUCUCAUAUCAAAAUCCUUUUAGCUACUUUUAUUAUUGCUCAUUAGUAUUAAUAGUUAUUAUUAAUAUAAGUUUUAUCAUUUUCUUGAUAAAUAGGAUUUUAACUUAAUAUAUUUAUUAACUGAAAAAAUUAAUUACUCAAAUUAUUAAUAAGCUAUCUAAAAAAUUAAGUUUUUUAUAAGGAAUAUAGCUUAAUAAAAAAAUAAAUUAAAAAUAAAUUAAUCCAAAUAUAAAAGAUAAAGUAAAGAAAGUAUUUUAAAAUUACUCUAAUAUGAGUGAUGAGUAAAAGAAGUAAAUUUUAAUGGAUAUUCAUCAAUACCAAUUGUGUAAAUAUAAUUUUUUAUUAUUUUAAUUAUAAUUUAUUUUGUAAAAAUAGAAACAAAAUUUUAGUUAUUUACGAAAAAAACUAUAUCUUCUGUAAAAAUGA